AUGUUUGCUAUUGAUCCAGUCUCAGUGCUUCUGUCAAUUGUUGGCUUUCUUUUUUUGCUAAAUACUUUUUAUGGCCGGAAAGGAAAAUGCCACAAGAAUUUUCCACCAGGACCAAAACCUUGGCCAAUAAUUGGAAACUUGCACAUUUUGAAUACACAAAAACCAUUUCAAACAUUUCAAAAGGUAAUAUUUGUUCUAGCAGCAUUGGGUAUCUUAAAUGAGCUUAGCAGACCGUAUUCACACGCUGGAGUAAAACAAAAGUAGAAAACACAAGCUAUUAUAGAGAUUUGCUAUGCGUUUUAUUAUAAGUAUAGAGUUUAUGCCCUGUUUUAUUAUUAUUUUAUAUAUUAUAUGAUUUUUAUUAUUAUUGUACCUUACUGUAUAAAUGUUUACAUUGUUAUUUGAAAAAAAUAUUUGAAUAAAAAUCAUGGCAAAUGAACACAGCCUGCAGCUUUGUGGGCUAUGUACAAUAUUUCUUGGGAGUGAAUGUUGAAUGACCCAUUUUUUUGUUCUUUCUCUGGUUUUUUUAUGUAGGUUAGAGUGUGAUUACUACUACAAAUAAUAUUUUUUAAACAAAAAAUAUAGAAAAUAAGUCAUUUUCAUAAGCCUGUCUUAUUUAUAAACUAGAAUCAAUCUCAUAUAAUUAUGUCUGAAUAGUUUGGUGACAGGCCCCUCCUCUCAGCUGAUUUUCACAUAUUCCCUAGUGUUUUGAGAGAAGAAAGUAUCUUAAAUAAAAGGUUCUGGGCAUUGUGAUUUUAGUGGAUAGUUUUUUACUAAUGUUAUCAGGCUUUAAUUCCCCUUGUAAGCUGAAGGUCUUCUGCCUGGACCAUUUGUACAAGUCAUAGGUGCUGUGUAUGGGGCAGUGAUUUCACCAAGGUUCUCUGCAUCUUGUUUUUAAGUAAAUACAACAUGUUUUUUAAUACUUACUGUGUUUAAUAGAAUAGUAUAAUAUAUCUCAUAUAUUACAAUUAUUUUCAUAGCGCCAUUAUAUUCCGCAGCGCUGUACAAUAGGUAAACAAGACAAACAUUUCCUUCUAACAAAACACAUACAACAUAUGGGAACAAUAGGUGAAAAGGGUCCGGCCCAAAUGAGCGAACAACAUAUUACACAUAUUUUGUUACAUUUUUAAUAGUAUACACCAGACAGCCUAAACAAAAACUCAGGAAAGCAAAUCAAGCCACUAUAUAAAUGCUGAAAAAUUAUAACUCCUACCCGGCUGUAGACAGGCAUCCAUGGAGUGAAAAGUGAGGCUUCUUCUUCACUAGGGCUUUAAAAAUAGAAAUCCAGCCGGUAAACCACCCAACUGAAAAUGUAACACUCUGCAGAGCAUAACAAGAGAGUGCGAAUAAUAGAAAAAUGUAAUGUUCAAUAAAAAUACAAGGCACGCAAAUAGUGGAGAGCACAAAUCCGAAUGUACGAAACCAGGAGAACAGCCUAAUGCUUUUAAUAGAAAGUGCUCUCCUAUAUUUUAUUUAUUGAAUAUUACAUUUAUCUAGUAUUUGAACUCUUUUGCCAUGUUCUACAGAGUGUUUCUUUUCUUUUUACUCUUCUUUUUUGGUUGGGUGGAAUACCAACUAAAUUUCUAUUUGUACACCAGAUAGUCUACCUACCUACAGUUAGCAACACACUACCAAGUACGUUUUACCACAUCAGUAGAGCUGUUGAUACCUCCUUUUAACAAAACUGCACCCUAUUUAUUUAUUUAAUUAGAGAGUAUUGAUAUAUAGCUACAGAUGUAUUAAAAAUAUGUUAAAUAUCAUAUCAUUCCAUGUUGUACUUUGCAGUUAGCUGAGGAGUAUGGCUCUGUAUUCACUUUUCACAUGGGAAUGAAGAAAGUGGUUGUACUGUGUGGCUACGAUGCAGUGAAAGAUGCUCUUGUCAACCACGCAGAGGAGUUUUCUGAUAGACCUUUCAUACCUAUUUUCCAUGAUACAUCCAAGGGACACGGUAAGUUUAUUCUCAGUUAGCGGUAAAACUGAAUUACAAAACGCAAGCAAAAAAUUCAGGUUUGCCAUUUUUUAAUUCACCACUUUUUUUUUUUAACCAUUUUAGUGAGUAAACCAUGUAUUUCUGUUGCAAAGAUUAGAAUCCAUCAACAUACACCAAAUAGAUUAUUUUAGAGAGAUGGGCAAGUGAAUAUAUACAGAAAUAUAAAAAUAAAUUAUUUUAAACUCAAACCUAAACAAGUUCUAAAUCACACAUUUCAAGAUGCAUUACAAUGAACAUUUGUAAAGAACAACUGCUAUGAUAUUAAAUACAUGCCAACAUUUAGACCUUAUUUUUAGGUCUGGCAUCAAUGGUUCAGAAACUCUAUCCGUGUUUUAUGAGUCUGGCAUCACCACCAUGGUGUCUCUUAUGUUUAUGAAACACAGUAGUUAUGAAAGUGUUCUUUGUGAAAUAUAGAGAGAACAUUAAAAUAUUUCUUGGGCUAAAUGCAUCUUUUACAAGCCUUUUGUUAAUGUAGGUAUGGUCCUAAAUAUUCUGCAAUUAACAUCUUGUUGGCCUUUCACAUCUCGAGCUAUUAAACACAUUAUUAAUUAUUAAGUAGAUAUAAAACUAAUUCUGUGGGUUGAUAUAUAACCAAGUGCUUUCGCUUUACUUUUAAAUCUCAUUAUGCACUGCGGCACAAAUUGAAAAAAAACAAAUAGAAAAAAAAAAGUUUUAACCAUUUUGUUGCAAGGGAGAAAGUUGGGAAAAGCAGGUUGUUCACUACAGUGAGAAUUCAAAGUAAAUUCAACAGAGGAUUUUGAAAUUUAAGGUUGAAAGAGCCGAACCUGAAAUUUUCAGUCAGCUAUGCUUCAAGCUCGGCUGCUUUGGCGUUAAAUUUAAAGCCUACUUUGAAUUGUCACUUUAGUGAAUAAACCCAAUAGAUCUCAAAUAAGGCACAAUAAUUGAUUUAUUCAACAGUCACCUGUUGUAAAUUUACGUGGGAUUGACAAAAAAAAAUAAAAAAUUAGGUGAGGUGGAAUUUUUUUUUUUUUUUUUUAAACUUGGAUUUCUCACCUAACUUUUUCAAUCCUGUUGUCAACUCAGUGCAGUUUCCCGUUUAAUUAAUUAACACCUAUGUUAAAGGGAAACUAUAGUACCAGGAAAAUAAAGUUGUUUUCCUGGCACUAUAGCUCUCAAUAUUGUCCCCUCCAGUCAAGCCCCCUCAGGGAAAGGUUUAAAAUUCCCUUUUGUCAAUUACCUAAGCCCAGCACCGAUGUCCCUCAGCACUGGUUCAGGCUCCACCUCGGCUCUCCCUGUCAGCCUGCGGGGGAGACCUAAUGCACAUGCACGGCAAAGGCCUGCGGUCACAUUAGUAUUAGUAUGUAUAAUGCUUUCCUAUGAGGUUUUACAUAACACUGGAAGUCGUCAUGCAUAGCGUGAGGAUGUCCAGCAUCAGUUAAGCGACCAAAAGUUGACUACAGCCACUACAGGUGGAGUUAACCCUCAAAGGUAAUUAUUGCAGUUAAUUCAAAACUGCAAUGGUUACCUUUGCAGGGUUAAGGUACCUGAGACACUUCAAUGAGCUGAAGUGGUCAGGGUGCCUAUAGUGUCCCUUUAACUGAUGGCUAAAUUUGUCACUGCAGAUAUUUGUGAGCAACAAUUCCCACGAUGCUUUGUCAGCUUAAAGGCAUAUAGUCCAGUUAUAGUAUUCUAUUUUCUCAAAGUUUGCUGUUCAGAAUAAACCACACUGGCAUAAAACCUUUUACUUGAACCAGAAUGGUAGCCCUGGGGACAAAUAGCAGAGCUCUAUGCACUGUUUUCUUAAUAUAUAUAUAUAUCUUUUUGCUAAUAUAUAUGGCUGGGAGAAAAACUGAGCUGACACACGUUUUUCAGCUGUUUAGCAGAGGGACAGAGUUCAUUUUUGUGACACAGAUACUCGUUUCAUAUACAAUGUUUCGGUCACUCUGCUUUAUAAAAAAAAUAAAAAAAAAAUAAAAAAUUUCUUGGGCUAGCAGCCCAGCCUGACACAUGACCGACCAAAUCCGGACUGCAGACAACUAAAUUGAUUUGCUAUGUUGACAAGCAGUUUAAGGGGGCAAAUUAUUUCUUACCUAGUGGCUAUCAUAGAUAUUAUGUCACAUAUUAAUGUAAUACAAUAACACAAAGAAUCGUAAGACAUUUAGAGCUAAUGAUGGGUUAGUAGUCAAUCAGGUAACCUUCUGUCUGGCUACCAAUUCUAUAAUGGGCUAUGUAGCGGAGCUCCCAAUACCCUGGAUCCGCCAAGGAUCACUUCCUAGCUGGAACCGGGGAAAACCUCAGCGCUUCUGCCCCAGUCAUCGUGGCUUGACUGGGGUCCUCCUGGAGUAUCUCCAUCCUGGAACAGGAUAGGGACUGGUUUUAUUUCCUCCCAGGGACUGGACAACACACAGUUCUGGGAGCUAUAGUCCUACAAGGACUUUCCCCACUGAAUCCUCCAUGAGAUGGAACAAGGUGUUGAGCAAUGAUUAGCCCCUUUCCCUCCCAGUGACUAGACGACACAUAGUUCUGGGAGUACAACAGAUUUAAAUGAGCCAAACUCAGAUAAUUAUGCACCCAUUUAACCCAUUAGGCACCCCCAUGCCUAAUAUGAAUAUGAACACAGAAUAUGUAUUAUUCUACAAUAAAUUACUAAAUUGUGACUCAAUCCCAAUUUUGUGGCAGUGUGCUUCUUUACUAAAAUAAAGGUAUUUUCAUUGUGUAAAUUGGGCUUCAUAAAAUUAUACAGAUUUUUACUAAUAGUUAUUGUUAAAAGAAACUGUAAGUUUGAAUGUAUUAAUUAACACGUUUAACUCCAUUAAUAACUCAGCAAACAUCACUUAUUUAAUUUAGGUAUCGUUUUUGCUCAUGGUGAAAACUGGAAAGUUAUGAGAAGAUUCUCUCUUACUACACUACGAGAUUUUGGAAUGGGAAAAAAAGUAAUUGAAAACCUGAUUAAUGAGGAAUGUGAUUCAUUGGUGGAAGUAUUUAAAUCAUACAAAGGUUAGUGAUCAAUCAUAACUGGGGAAUACUUGCUUAAAAGUAAUUGGUUUAGAAAGCAUUCUCUCCAGUUAAAGGGCAUAUGUAGAAUCAUAUGUUAAUGGAUUGUGUUAAACUGCUAUCCAAAUAAACUCAAAAAUAGAAACAUAAAGAUAAUAUUUUGAUUUAAAAAUGUUAUUUGUAAGUUUCCUUGAUAGACGCUCCUUUGGCAGCAACAAGUUGGUGAACAAUUUUCAAGCUAUCAUUACUCUCCAAUAUAAAUUCUAGUGUCUAAAUUUAAGUGCGUAAGGUCAUAUGUCCAGUGAGGUUUAACAGUCUCCUAUAGAAAACAUUUAAACAAGAGCAGUAGUAUUGCAUAUAAAAAUGAGGAUAUAUAUAUUUAACCCCUUAAGGACGAGUGACAGACGAGGUCCGUCACAGAGGGGAGACCCUUAAUGAUGAGUGACGGACCUUGUCCGUCACACGGUAAAAUUAACCCCGGAUUGCUGCUAUCGUGGCGAUCGCGGGGUUAAUGGUGCUCCCGGUAUGCCUCUGCAUUAGAGGCAUACCGGGAGCACCCGGUCAGGCUGCCCAGCACAUGUGCUCGCUCUGACCGCAAGUCAGAGCGAGCACAUGUGCUCAGUGUACUUACCUUCCGCCUCCCUGCACUUCCUGGUUCUCUAUGAAGUGCAGGGAGCCGGAACAGUGCUGAUCCUGCCCCUUGCUGUAAAAAAAAAAAAAGUGAAUUUAAAGUCCCACCCCCCCUUUACCCAUUUUAAUAAAAAAUUAACCCCUUCCCUGCCAAUUGAUCACUGACUACAGUGAUCAAUUGGCAGGGAUUACAUUUUACUAUGAUCUGAUUUUUUUUUAUGGGAAAAUGGGGAAUUUACUGUUAGUGCUGCUUACUGCUAGUUAGGGGUUAACGGUAAAAAAAAAAGCUUAGAAAAAUGUUAAAUCUGUAAAAAAGUUAAGAACAUUUAGGAAAGUUUAAAAAAAUUAAUAAGCAAAACAAAAGUUUAAAAACUAGUUUUUAAAAGUAAAAAAGUAAAAAAAAGUAAAAAAAUACAUUUUAAAAACGCUCAUUACCACUACACCUGGAACAAACUAGAGAAAAAAUUAUCCCACGCCAAGGUUCAAAAUAUGCCUUUUGAAAUACCCUGGGAUGUCUUCUUUAAGAAAUGGUAUGGCUUUAUGGGGUAUUUGGAUUAUAUAGCCUGGUAAAAUACUCUAAAAUGGGACAUAGGUACAGCAUAAAAAUUCAAAGUUUGAAAAAAACUGGAAUGGCUGUGUCCCAAAUGUGCCCCUCUGAUGUCCACACAUACCUGGCAAAGGUACAUACGGGGGUAUUGCUGUACUCAGCCGACAUAGCUGAGCAACAUAUGAAGUAUUAUACAGUCGUAGCACACAUAAGGUUUGCAAAAUAUACUGUGCAAACUCACUUUGUAUGUCAAAAAGGCAGAAAAACCGCUUACUACCUCUACAUCUGGUACAAGCUAGCGGAAAAAUGAUCCCACGCUAAGGUUCAAAAUAUACCUUUUGAAACACCAUGGGGUGUCUACUUUAAGAAAUGGUAGGCGUUUGUGGGGUAGUUUGAAUUUAAAACCUGCUAAGAUGCUUGGAAAUUGCACAUAGGCCCAGUGUCAAAAUUCAAAGUUUUGUAAAAACGGAUAUGGCUUGGUCUCCUAUAUGGCACUGUAGCUUCACGAAAUAGUGCCAAGGACAUUCAUAUGGGCUGUCAUUUUACUCAGAAGACUUAGCUGAGCAUAAUUUGGGGGGUUUGAACUUAGUGGCACAUAUGAAAUAUACAAAAUGCCCAGCAAAAAUGCAAUCUGUAUGUAAAAAAUGCACAAAAUUAUUUUUUACCACAUACUUUGGCAUAUAUUGGUGAACAAAUGGGGGCAUGUUAAGGCACAACAUGCACCUUAUGAGAUACCCUGGAGUGUCUACUUUUACAAAUGGUAGGCCUUUGUGGGGGAUAUACAAUGGGGGUGUCAUUUUACUCAGCAGAUGUAACUGAACACAAAAUAAAACUUUGUACAGGAAUAGCACACACCAACUUUACAAAAUAUACACAAGAAUUUCUUUGUUAUAAGUUUGUGUGCCAAAAACCAAAAAAAACACAAUUUUACUCCAAUAUUUAGCAGAGGUUGGCGGUGAAAUGGCUACGUAGAAAGUGUCAAAACAACCUUAGGUAAAUAGCCCGUGAUAUCUACUUUAUAUAAAUAUAUACUUUUGUGUGGCAAUUUUGUUUUCUUUUAUGGCUAUUAAGCUUACAAGACAAACAUACCAAAUUCUAAAAUCGCUCCACAUUAAAAGUCUAUUUUACUCCUUUGUGACCUGUAACUACCAAAAAAAACUUAAAAUCCCAGACAUAUUAUACAUUUUUCUGUAUUUUUUUAUAAUAAAUAAGCAUUUAUAUAUAUGUGUGUUACAUCAAAUUAAAGCCCUUUCUGUCCUUUAAAAAACGAUGUAUAAUAUGUGUUGGUGCAACAAAUUAGUAAAAUGCAAAUUGCAGUUGAAUGCAAACAGCAAAAAAUGAAAAAAAUGCUGUUGUCAUUAAGUGAAAGACAAGCUUUUGAAGCUCUGUCCUUAAGGGGAUAGAUAGGUAGAUAGACUGAGAGCACUGUUAAAGUGAGGGAAAAGCAAGUCUUAUGGCUUGACUGGUGUGUGUAUUUUUGUUUAGCAGUGUAUUAACUAUCCAUUUAUUUCAGGUGGAAGGGAUUCUGGGUAGGCGUAUGCAGACUCCCUUGCAAUAGUGAAAGCAAUAAUAUAGAUUAACAAUAUAAAUAUAUAAUAUAUAUAUCCAUAUUGUAUACAUGUAUCUUAUUUAAUGUAAGUAUUUUUUGUUUUUUCUUAUUAUCCAAGGAAAGCCUUUUGGCAACAAAAUUAUUAUAAAUGGAGCUGUAUCCAACAUAAUUGUAUCUGUACUACUUAGCCAUCGCUUUGAUUACAAUGACCCAACAUUUGUGAAGCUUAUGGGCUUAAUCAACUCAAAUCUGAUGACCUUAAGAAGUCCUAUGAUUGUGGUAAGAAUUAUUUUUUUGCCAAUAACAUUUAAUUAUUCACUUUCUGUUUGAGUAGAGUAGAGAUCUAAUGUCAACUUGCAUGUAUAUAUAUACUCACACACAUCCAAAAGACUUGCACUCAUGGACUGAAAUGCACUUAAUUUAACCUGGUGCCAGAUCCAGCAGUUUAUGGUAAUAGAAAGCAAAAAGUAGAUAACACUCUUGGAUAUUGAAACAAAAAAAUAGAACGUAACAUAGUUAUUUGCAUUAAAAUCUCAUUUAAAAAAAAAGUUUUAAAUAUAGAACGGAAGCGUCAAUAAAUAAAAGUUAAGUUGUUCAAUCAGAUAAGUACAUGGAAACCAGGGAGCGCAUACCACUGUGCUGUGAAGUGUAAAUUAAAUAGAAGAUCAAAGAAAAAAACUAAAAGUGAGGUAAAGAAAAAACUCCUCACUUACCCCUCUGGGAUUCAGGGCGCCAGGCGAGGAACUCCAAAUCCAAAAAGGAAAAUGUUUAUACCUCAAGGCACAAGGUAAAGGUCUUGACUCCUAUGUCUAAGAACCGGGUGGCCCGAAACAUGCAAGGAAGAAUUUCCUUUUGACUUUUGUUUGUUUAUGUACCUUGUGGAAUAAGCCUUUCCUUUUUGAUUCGGAGCGCUUGCUUUUGCUGGCGUUAUUUUUUUCGUUUUUCUUUGCAAUCAGAUAACACUCUCCAGAUAUGAAUAAUAAUAAUAAUAACAAAGUAUUUAACCAGGAAAGGUCCAUUUUCAAGUACAUCCUGGGGAAUGACUCUUUUUUUAUUUAAUAAGGUAAAAAAUUCUUGUUUUCAAGAGAUGAACAUUUCUCCAUGUUGAUGUCAAUGAGUUUAAAUUCUUUUAACGGGACACUAUAUUUACCAAAAAAACGUUACCUUAAUGAAGUAGUUUUGGGUAUAAAUCAUGCCUUUGUAGUGUAACUGCCACAUUUUCUGUCAUUUAAGAGUUGGAUUAUUUUGUUUAGCAAAACCUCUUCUGCCUGUGGCUCACACAUCCUCCUUAAGCUCAAAGCAAGCUGUGGUGGUUUUGGUGAUUGGAGUGUUCCUUUAACUCUAAAUGCUUCAUUAAGCUGCAGUUUUGCAAAAUUCCUACCAACUCACAGUGGUGGAUGUGGAGAUGACAAAAUCGAAAGGUCAAACGAAUAGAAUGUCAAAGAAUAUCAAUAAUUUGCAAUCCAAAAUGCAAAAAAAGCAAAACAAAUCUCAAUAAUGCAAACUAUAAUUGUUCCCACACAAGCUUAUAAGAGAUUGAAAAUAAUAUUUAUCUCCAAUUUCUCUGAAUAGAUUAAGACAUUCCAUCUAUCCUUACUUGAGAUAAUAUUUUCUUUUUAUUUCCAUUAGCUGUACAACAUGCUUCCAUCUUUGGUUCGCUUGUUACCUGGAAGUCAUAAUAUAGUUUUUGAAAAUGUCCGUAAGAUGCAGACAUUUAUUAAAGAGACAUUUGCAAAGCACAAGGACCAGCUGGACAUGAACGACCAAAGAAAUCUCAUUGAUGCAUUUCUUGUCAAGCAACAAGAGGUAACCACAUCACUUUUAAAGGGAAUUUGACUUAUACAAAAUAUAUUGAUUAGAAGGUAAAUUUAGCUGGAUAUUUAAAAAAGUAGGGCUCAAAAUUUCCACUCGCCUACAUUCACAAACACACUGACAUGACCUGUAUUCAUGUGAAAGUGCUGUUCAUGUGCAUGUGCAGCUAGUAGCUCAGGACUUUCCAUUUUGAGCCCUGAUUAAAGUAAUAAAAAUAUUUAAAAACAUCUGAAUUUGACUAGCUUUAAGACCCAGCUCUCUCUGCUUUAUCUUCAUCGUCCCCUUAGUUUCUCAUCCUAUAAAUGGGAAGUUAAGGAUUAUUAAAAUGGAAACCAUGACUGCCCUCCCCCGAUUACUUCCCUAAAUCUAUCCUGAUGAGAUGGGAGGAUAUUUAUAAAACGUACCUCUAAUAACAAGGAAUAAAACUCUGGACUUCCUCUGAUCCAUGCCACAUAUGAUGUUAUGUUUAUGUAACAGUGAGGACAGACCUCAUCAACUCCUUGCCUCAUUAUCUGAGCUGUCCUACUAGGGAUUCUAAAGUCUAGAGGUCCCCUACUGAAAUGUUCUUCUAUCUUCUCCUUUGUUGACCCAUAAUACUAUGUCUGGGUCACCCUUACUUACUAUCAGGGAGUUCCCGUUUCCCAAAACCAGAAUUAAUGUGUAUAGUCUAUAGCGCUAAUAUGCCCUUUCUUUAUAAUAAAAAAAAAGUCUAUGUAAAAUAAAAUACCUGUGGCUCUCCUGGUCUUAAAGGAUCACUAUAGUGUCAGGAAAACAAAGCGGUUUUCCUGACACUCUAGUGCCCACUGGUGUAUCCUGGUUUUGUGCUACCCUAUGCUGCGGGGGGGUCCUCUCUCUCCCUGGGGUCUAGUGGGGCUGCUGGUCGGUUGGGCGGCACUGACGAGGGAGCACUUUCCCCUGAGCUGUCUGCUCAGCUCCCUCGCACGCCGCAGAGUGAUACCGGGAGCCAGAAUAUGACGUCAUAUUCCGGCUCCCGGCAUCACUCUGCGGUGAGCGAGGGAGCUGAGCAGGCAGCUCAGGGGAAAGUGCUUAAAACCCCUUCAGCAGUUUACCUUAUUCCAGCGCUGGGCUCCCUCGGCACUGGUGACCUCUCCUCCCCCGCUGACGUCAGCGGAGCCGAAUGCGCAUGUGUGGCAAGUGCAAUGCUUUCCUAUGGAUGCUCUGCGCGAUGGAGGCAUAAUAUGCCUCCAGCGUCGCAGAUGCGCCUCUAGUGGCUGUCUGGAAGACAGCCACUAGAGGCUGGCUUAACCCCAAAUGUAAACAUAGCAGUUUCUCUGAAACUGCUAUGUUUGCAUCUGAAGGGUUAAAACCUGAGGGACCUGGCACCCAGACCACUUCAUUGAGCUGAAGUUGUCUGGGUGACUAUAGUGUCCCUUUUAACCCCUUAAGGACCAAACUUCAGGAAUAAAAGGGAAUCAUGAUAUGUCAUACAUGUCAUGUGUCCUUAAGGGGUUAAACGUCUGCUCACUGAUAAAUACACUCACUAAAUACAAAAAAAUGCAAACUGAAAAUAAAAACAUUAUCUGCCUAUUACCAUACACUGGUUAAUAUGGUUUUCUUCAGAAACCUCACAAUUAAAUAUUUUGUGGGGGUUUUUUUAACUUUUUCAUGUAUUCAUAAACUGACUGUUGACACAUAGCAAAUUAAAAAGUCACAUUUCGAAACAAUGCUUAAAUCUGCAACCAAAUUCCAUUUUGAGAAUUGCCUAUUGGAUUAUUGUCUUUAUUUUAUAUUAUUUUAAUUCAUUUCUGUUUUAUUUGAUUACUCUCUCUCCAGUUCUGUAAAACUUUCAUAUUUCUGCAGCUUUCAACUUUCUGCAAUAUCAUUUUGCAUUAGACUUGUGCAUUGUGGAAAAAUUUGUUUGGACCUGAAUCACUUUGUCCAAAAAUAAAAUCUAGUUUGGGUAGCCCAAUAGUUAUUCAUGUGACCAUUUGGUUUGUGCAAACAUUGUCCAUACAAAAUAUUCAGAGAAACCAAAAAGGCCUGGAAUAUGUAUACUGCAAGGAUGGGACCUUUUAUAAGGACUUGGUAGCAAUGGAUUCCCAGUCGCUAGUUUUUAAUGCAUAGCAGACAUGCCCCCAUGUGCCUGAUGGCAUUUGGAGCUAUAUGGAGGUACAUUACCUCUAUUAUAGUAUGAAGAGGGGUCUUAUUGACAACCCUAAAGGAUUUUAAUUUUUUUAAUUUAUUUUUUUACUUUUUCAGUGUGACUACUGGCUAUCAAGUUCUGACUAUCAAGCUCUGACUAGCCACCACAUAAUUAACCCCUGUGCCUCCAAAAUUAUUUUCGCUUGCUGACUGCUAGUUCUGCCAACAUUUCAGCUGUUUGGUUCGGCUGAAAUCCAGACCAAAUCCAGGUCCGUUCGGCCCCUGAAUUACAAAAGCAAACACUGAUCAAUUCAAUCAACAAUGUCCAGAGUUGGCAAUACAGGAGUGAAUGGAUUUGCCCGAUUUGGUUCAGGGACAUUCAAACUUUAGUGAAUAACCGUGUUAGUUUCUGUCCACUAACCAUUAAUCAUUUUUUAUUCUAAUAAAUCAUCUUUUUUUUGGUGCCACAGAUGAAAGUACUAAAACAAACAUGCUUGUCCAUAGCUCAAGUUGUUUGUUCAGUUCUACAUCCAUAUUGUGCUCUGGAGUUACAGAAUUUUGGACAACUCAACAAUUGGUCUAAAUUUAGAUGAUUUGCAAUUCAUCUGAAAACAAAUGCACAAGUCUAUUAUGUAUACAUUAUAUAGUUUGUUUUUUUUACCUACAUUUUUUCUUUUUUUUCGCUACAAUUCAGGAAAAACCCAAAGGAUUAUUUUUCCAUGAUGAUAAUUUAACAGCUCUUGUGAGCACUUUGUUUGCAGCUGGAACAGAAACAACCUCCACGACCCUUCGAUGGGGCAUUGUGCUAAUGAUGAAAUAUCCAGAUAUCCAAAGUAAGACAUCGGUUUAUGUGUUGGAGACAUGAACAACUUUGUAACAUGUCAAAAUAUUGGCUUUACUACAUCAGGGAACUCUGCAUGGAUAUCACAUGUACGAUUAGAAGCACUCACACUGUCCAGCAGGCACUAGGACCAUACUCAAAGUACUUCAGCAGUGCUCCCUGCAUGAUCCUGUCGGUAAGGGGCCGCCCAAACAGGCUGUCACAUCUUUUCAGUAGGCAGGCCCACUCCUUUUCUAGGUAGCCCCACCAAUUGUGGGCAUUAUCAGUGACAUAAAUUGUGUCACUGAUGACACCCCCUCAGAGCCUGCCCCUUCCUCCUAAAUGCAUACCUGCCAUUGGUAGAAGACAUGUGUUUUCCAAAAAAUUAAACAAUACAUUAUGGUAUUUUGGUUCAUUAUAAUACAUAAUAUUCACACAAAGAUAUUUUAUUUUAUAGAACAUGUACACUGGCAAACCAUCAUAAGUGACGUGAGAGCUACAUAAAUACUUUGUAAAAGGAAGAGGUGAGGGGGAGGGUGCGACAAUGAAUAAACUGCAUGUGGUGUUGUAGUAGCAUACAGGCAUUUUUUAGACUCAGUGAUGGUAGGUUAAGAAUUAUAUGUUUACUUUUGACCUAUCUGAAGAAUUGUGAAACAAGUAAUACCAAUUAAUGUCUCAUCAUUUAGACCCCCUAAAAAAAAAGUGUAAAAACUAAUCAAAAACAUAUUAAUAAGUUAUAUAUUUGUUAGUUACAGAAAUAUUAUAAAAGAAUAUAUGAAGACAACUGGUAAUGGUAAAUUAUUAUCAGUGAAUGUACAUGGACUAAAUAUGAACUUUGAAAGACAAUUUAUUUUAAAACAAUGAAGGAAAAAAUAAAAAAAUAAAAAUAUAUAUAUAUAUAUAUAUAUAUAUAUAUAUGUACUUCAUUUAAAUAUUUAUGUAUCACAGAGCCUUUAAUUCAUAUGCUACUUUAUCAUCUUAUGUUUGAAAUUGAACAUUUUACCAUCAAUGACACCAAUAAACCUGGGUCUUAGUGUUAUUUUCGGAGGACAGAAACUUGGUAGAAAAGGUAUCAAUACAAAACAGUCAUACAUAACAUAAUGUUCAUGUAUAUUGGUGUUAAAAUUUUUUAUCAUUUAGAUUAUAUAUAUUUUUGAGUGUAAUGCUUUAGCAGAUGCAUGAUGGCAUGCUAGUAAAUGUAAGUAAGUAUGUGGAUUUAUAUUGCAGUUGUAUAGUCUGGACAACAGUCAUUACAUAGAAAUGGUAUAUAUUUUAAUAGCAUACCAUUUUUAUUGACAGAAAAUGUCCAAAAUGAAAUAGACCAUGUGAUUGGAUCUUCUCAGCCUCAAACAGAACACAGAAAGGACAUGCCAUAUACAGAUGCUGUCAUUCAUGAAAUUCAAAGGUUUGGUAAUAUUAUACCUAACAACCUUCCACAUGCAACUACUCGUGAUGUCACAUUUAGAGGAUAUUUUAUUCCUAAGGUGAGUGAGUACCUUGCAAUAUAUUCAUAUUAAUUUGUUGUAUUUGUGUCAUAAACUCAAUGAUUUACUGUAUUGACUAAACACUUUCAAAUAUAAUCGUAUUAAUAUUUUUCAGUUAUUCAUUAAGUUAAAGUCAUGCACAUGAACAAUUUUCCCCUAAUUCCUAGAUUCAAGAUGGCAAUAUUUCCCAAUAGGAAAUUGUAAAUUUGUAAUAAAAUACUAUGGAAGCUAUGUAGUUGCGAACCUUGGUAUCCAAUCUAAUCUGUGAGACGAUAAAGGCAGAAAUGUUUAAUUGCUUCUACCUUUUAUAUGUGUAAUUAACAGUAAUGUGAUUAUCAGUGACAUCAUACAUGCACCAUCUCAAAAUAUUCCUAUACCAUAAAUGAAUAUUGUUACUAACUUAUAAUUGUAUCUGUAGGGGUCUUAUAAUAAUCUCUAAUUAAAUUGUACUAGUUCUGCUCGCAACCCACUUCAACCUAGUUUAGUUUACUGAUAGUCCUUCAUUCAUGAAUGGAACACCUGUUAAUGUUGAUGGUUUAUUAUCUAGAUGUGGUUAGACAACACUGGGCACCAGAAGGUCUUCUGAAAAUCUGGUUAACUACAGAAUCAGGGCCGCCAUCAGGGGGUGACAACCAUGACGAUUGUCACGGGCCCGGCGGUCCUGGGGGGCUUUGGCAGUCUAGGGCCCCACAAUUACUCUCUGCACAUAUAUAUAGCGAUGAUCGCUAUAUAUAUGAGCAGCCGCGGGACCCCGCUCCCUGUACUUGCAGAGGGGGCCCAGUGGACUGCAGCUGUACUUAACAGCAUUUCCCUAUCUCUAACUCCCGCGAGACCCGCGGCCAUCAGAGCGUUGCCACGGGUUACAAUGGCAAUGCUCCACACGGCGCGCACACCAUGCUCGCGGAAGUUACAGAGAGGGAAGAGCUGUAAUCCGCUGAGCACCCUCUGCAAGUACAGGGAGCCAGGGGCCCCACCAUGCCACUGGACCACCAGGGAUGGUAUCUCCCCCCUCCCUGAACCAGGUAAGGAACAGGGAGGGGUGAAUAACGUACAUUACAUGCAUACACUAGUAAACAGACACACACACUCUGCAUUCACUACACUGACCCACACUCUGCAUUCACUACACUAACACACACUCUGCAUUCACUACACUAACACACACCCUGCAUUCAUUACACUAACAGACACACUGCAUUCACUGCACUGACACACACUCUGCAUUUACUGCACUGACACACACUCUGCAUUCACUACACUAACACACACUCUGCAUUCACUACACUGACACACACUCUGCAUUCACUACACUGACACACACAAUCUGCAUCCACUCCACUGACACACACUCUGCAUUAACUAUACACACAGCAUCCACUACAAAAAGUCCUGCAUCAUUGUCGGCGGAUUCGUGGGCGGGCCAGGCGUGGGGGUAGGGCGGGCUGGGGGAAAGGGGCGUAGGGGGCCCAGACCUUGUGCUUUGUCAGGGGCCCCAAAAUUUCUGGUGGCAGCCCUGUACAGAAUACAAGCAGGAUAAUGGUAAGAGAUUGAGAAAUAAAAAUAAGGGGAUUUAUGAUGGUUUGAGAACAGCAUUGUUACAGAUAAGGGAAGGUAUCAUAUAUCACACAUGACUAAUUCCUCCUCUAAAUAAGUUCAUCCUACACAGACAAUCAUUAGUCUUGAAGGGAAUUAAUCCAUAUAACACUCAAGUAGAUACCAUCAUGAGCUUGACAAUUAUUAUCCAGGAUUCCAUGAAUGGGUUGCUCUCUUUUACAUGGUUAAAUGAAGGGAAGGGAAGAACUAUGGGAAAGGUUUCCAUAUCUUAAAUUUUGACUGAAAUGCUUGACUUCACUUAAAUUCUAAACAUUUUCCUGGACUAAUGGUCAAUUAGAGACAUAUUCUACUCUAGAGGAUAACAAGAGGGAGACUGUAUCUAGUGCUACUACAUGAACAUUCCAGUUGUAUCUGGAUUUUACAUUUUAAAUUUAAAGGGCUACAUUUACACCCUGAGUGCAUGUUUCCUAUAGGUUAUGAACAUGUAGGACACAUAUAGAGGUUGUUUAUUACAUAUUGAACUGAUUUGAUUUGAACUGUAUUGAUUUAAGAAAUUUAUUUGCAAUCUUUGUGGGGUUUUUUUCCAUCUCUGGUACUUAUUUACUUAAGUUUGCAAUUUCAAUUUUUAUUUCACUUAACACACUCGUGAAUAUACUAGGGAUGUGCAUGGGCAAAAAAUUAGGUUCGGUUCGGAAAGUCAGGUAAGUAAAAAUAUUCGUCUGCUUCGGCAAUUCGGACCAAUGGCAUUCGGUUCGCUUGGGUACUUCGCACUUCAGAACUUCGGCACUUCAGAACUUGUGGUAGCAGUCCUCACACUGGGAGGCAGGUGCCCUAUAGAUGUUUAAGUGGUUGUGGUAGCAGUCCAUGAAUUGGGUUUGAACAAAUAAAACUUCUUUCAAUUUUAGCCGGAACUAAUCUUGAUUUGCCUUUGGAUUCCUAAUCUAAUAAUAAGAUAGAGCUGCGACAAACAAAAUUUGUAUCUGUGGGGUGCCAAAGAAUGUUACAAUAGAGAAAAUCACACAUUAUCUGAGACAACUUUUAUCUACUUUGUCUCCUAACCAGGCAAAAUACAUCACUUUAGUUGGCUAUCUACAUUUUUCUAAGGGUGCCUGAUCCUCCGGAAAUACUUCAAUGUGGUUUCAGAAAGACUUUUCUAAACCAGCACUCUUGGGAUCUGUUCCCGUUUAUCAUCACUCACUUUCAAGGGUUCACAGCUCUUGUUUUUUCUGGACUUAUCCAAGCACACUGUAAUGUGAAGACAAACUUUCUAAACACUUACUAAGAUUUUGCUGAACAAUAAUGUUUCUUACCAAUGGGGUCCUCACCAUUUAGAAAUGGAUACCGAUGGAGAGUCUUAUACAAUUACUAUUCAUUUUACUGAGUUCUCUGGGAACAUGCACUGACUCCCUGCCACCUAUUCUUCAUAAAGGAAUGUUGCCAGCAUUCCACUAUUGACCAUGAGUUGAUCUCACAAAGAUAUGACCUCAGACUUUCAUUCGGGUUAUUUUAUUGUAGUGGACUGGAUCUGUAAGCUAAUGUUGAAACUACUUGUGAUCAAUAUAUUUCUUAUAUGUUGCAUUAUACCUCUAUGUUUUUAUUGUUAUUUUCAUUAGUGACACAUUAAACCCAUAGGUAUAUUGAUGGGCAUUUCAAAAAUCCAACUAAUUCCCCCCACUCACUUACUGGCAUUCUGUUGGAUAAAUGUAGUAAUAAUGGUAAUGGAGUUGUUUUUUGUGCAGCUAUUGGUUUCAUAAUGUUAUUAUGUUUGAAAUUCCAAUGUUUCACAGUUUGCUCAAACACUAAUCUUUUUUUUCUUGUACAAACUGUCCAUUACAAUGAUAUGUUCUUGAACUAAUUUUGUGCUCUGAACUGUGUCAAUAAAAUAAAAAUCAAUAAAAAAAUAAACAAAGUAAAAUAGCCAAGCUCAGACAGAAUUAUUUUCUUCUGUUUUGCUUUUACCAUAAACUUUGUUAUUCCCUGUAAAUAAACCACAUUUUGCAAAACCUCUAGUGAGGAUGAUAUUUUUCUCUCUAACGCCAGGUGGCAGAAUAUCUAAAUAAAUAAAAUAAUAUUUCUAUGUAUUUGUCUAUUUUUUCAAUUACAAAUAUGUUGACUGUUCCUUAUUUUUUUAGGGAACUGAGGUCAUCCCACUUUUAGCAUCUGUCCUGCAAGACAAGGCCUAUUUUGAGAGACCAAAAGAGUUUUAUCCUCAACAUUUUCUUGACUCAGAAGGAAAAUUUGUGAAAAAUGAAGCAUUUCUCCCAUUUUCAGCUGGUAAGACCAAUUUGGCAAUAUUUUUUUUUUUAACAUGUAUAAAAUGUGAUAUAUUGACAGCUGUUGCAGGUGUAGGUUUACUGGGGUUAAGAAAAAAAUAAAUAUGCAAUAACACAGACUAAAAACAUGGGAGAUUAUAUCUAGCUCAGCCCGUAAGAAAUGAGAGUAAACUUUUAUAUUUUAGCUUUGAUUUUUCCACCAGAAAUAGGAUACUAUAAGUUACAACAUUUCUCAGAACCUCACAUGAAAAUGUACUCAGUGUCUUAUUCACUAAAUUGAAUGUAUUCCAGUUUUGCAGAGUAAAUAUACUGUAAAACUGUCAAAGUUGCAGGGUGGAGUCUAACUGCUGAAGCGGACGGUCGCAUGGCCACUGAGGUCCAUACCACAACUCUCAACUCUCGGACAUCUGCUAAACCCAUCCCAGGGAGACCCCAUGACUCACCUGGGCCCCAUGGGUCGGAAAACUAAAAUACAAAAAACCUGAUAAGCCCCGGCUGGACAUGAAUAUUGGGGAGCUAAGGCCGCAGGCUCACGACGCCUCUGGUUCCAAGAUGGCGUCCCUCCACACAAGCUGCUUGGACUUUUAUGAUGAGAUGUCAGAUGAAGCAGAGGGUACUUCUCACCAGCCCCGAUACUGCCAUCACCAGCCUGGACGCAGCCCCUGCCAAGCGCGACAGCCCCCACACCGGUGACUAUGGGCGCCAUAGGUAAACUCAUGUCAAAUCACAAUAAAUAAAUCUCGGCCAAUGUGGCCACGAUCCGAGACAACCUGCCAGUUAACAGAGCUACAAAAAGCAGUCCAAGAACUGCGGCAGCAAAAUCUACUCCAUGAACAACGAUUUGCCACUCAGGAAGACAGGUGUCGCCAGAAAAACCUGAAAGUCAGAAGUGUCGCUGAGACCAUCCCAGAGGCUGAGUUGUCACACUUCACCAGGCAGCUCCUCACAGCAUUAUUAACCCCAAAAGCGGCCAAAGCGGUCACACUGGAUGGAAUAUUCCGCAUACCGAGACCAACUAAGGCACCACCCUCUGCUCCCGGGGACUUGGUGAUUCAGUUCCACAGCCAAAAAGACAAAGUCGCAGUCCUGGCAGCCACCAGAGAUCAGCCCUGAUCUCGAAGAGAUGACCCUGACAUUCUAUUCGGAUCUCUCAGGUGGGACACUGGUGUGGAGAAGGUCCUUGUGACAAUUUACCUCCCUUCUGCAUUCGCAACACAUUUGGUGCUGCUGUGGCCCAGCUCACGCUCUGUUUGUCACCAAAGGAUACACAUCACAUAUCAUACACAAUAUGCAGGAGGCCACAAAUGUUGAAAGCCUUUUGGACCUCCCCCCGGAUUCACUCGAUCCACCUGUGCCAUCAGCAAGGCCCAUGCACCCCUUCAGCUUGGACGCAGCCAGCGCUCGAUGGCCUACCACAAAACUCUAUGCAGCAACCGCGACCUGAACCAGGGCCAGGUUAAACAGAAAGUUGGCGGGACGGGACAUUCUCCCAUCAUACACAGACUUAUAAUUUUUUUCUAAAUACCAUCCGAACAUUGAGACUUUACUUUUUAAUUUAAAAGUUUUUGCAUUGGACCAAAACCAAUGACUUGUAUGCACAGGCUUUGGCCCAGACUUAUCCGACUGCCAGCUGACCAUUAGUCUCCUCUACAGCUCGUGGUAAUUCAGGCGCCUACCACAGCACAAUAGCUUUCUAAGGGGCACGUAAAACCCUCUCUCAUCACUCCACUCAGAAGACACAUCUGCUGUACCUCGGCUAGCUCACCCCCUACUAUUUAGUGCAUAAACAGUUUUAAUUUCUUUGUGUUUCAUCAGUUAAAACUUUAUUUUUGUUGAAUCUAAGUAUAUGCAUAUUACUGCUUAGGUGACCCUAGUGAAGCGCUUCACCCCCAGGCUGACGCAGCUGACCAUAAAAUAAAAUGUGCACUGAUACCCAUGCCACAAUAUGUUUUCCAUAAUGCGAACACUUGCUGUUGUGGUAUAGUGAGCUGUUUUGUAAAGUAUUUUCUAUGCACACAAAAAUAAAGAAUAAAAACUAAUUGGCAAAGUUGCAGUAAAUUUAGAAAUUGGCUUUGAUACAACAACUAAACUUUGGUGAAUAAAUCCUUUUGUCUUUAUUUUGUCUUUAAUUAUGUGAUAUUAAAAGGGUACCUUGAACACCAUAAGUAUUACAGUUCAUCUUUGAAACAACACAGCUGUAAUCUCCAGCCCAAAGAUUUUGUAAAAAUAUUUUAGAGUUAUCUGACUAAAACAGAGCUCUCACUGACAUAACCCAGCUUCUCUCCAGCCACAUUAAAAAUUUUGAAUUUACUCUUCAGCAUUACCGAUAUCAAUUCCAUCCAACCAGCAUUAAAAGGUGAAGAACAGGUUAUGGGUGCAGUUACAUUUUUGUUAAGCCACUCCCAAAAUGAUUGACAAAAAAUAUGGGAUGCCUCUAAAACAAUCUCUGCACCAAAACCACUAUUCUGAGUUAUAGUAGUUAUGUUACUUAUACUGCUUUUUAAAGAUUUAAAAAAAAAAACUAUUUCAUUCAUCACAAAAGAGACAGAAUUAUAAUUUCAACUUAAUAAGUAGAACAAUUAAAAACUCGGCUCCUACACUUACCUUAUCUAUUCUUUUUGUGUCUAUUCUAGGUCGAAGAAGCUGUGCUGGGGAAAACUUGGCUAAAAUGGAAUUGUUCCUGUUCUUUACAAGACUUAUGCAAGCAUUUACAUUCCGGCCUCCACCUGGUGUAGAGGUUGAUCUCACUCCUGUUAGCAGCAUCACUUUAAGCCCAUCUGCGCAUGAGAUCUGUGCCUUGCCACGUAACUAG